AUGGGAAGCAAGCAGAAAGAGGCUAUGAAAGCAGGAGGCGGCGGCGUCGGCGGCGGCGGCGGCGGCAACAUGGACAGGGCCAGACUCGACAAAGACGGAGGCGGGUAUCAGCGCCAGAAGCCUAGCAAAUCGCCAGCAAAAGAUAAGAGGCGUGCCGCUAUGCCUCUAAGUGCAGACGAGGAGGUGUGGUCCAACAAAACACAAGUGCGGCCGAAGGAAAGCGGCGCCGGUGUUUCCAAGCUGGUGUAA